GACGUAAUCCGAGAGACUUUUUAAUUUUCCAAAACCAAAACACAAAAAAAGAAAAAUAGCAAUUCUAUAGUCUAUGGAUUUCUAUUUUUUCUGUCUUCCAUUAUCCAAAUCCCUCUCUUUCUCUCUCUAAAAUAACUUUCUCUCUCUUCCGAUCUCGCCCUGUUUUCGGGCGAUUUCUCUGCUGUUUUCGUUUCCAAAACCCUUCAAAUCUCUCCUCCAAUCCUGUACUAUAUUUUGAUUUCAUCAACUUUUCUCAAUUCAAAUAUAUAUAUUUUUUUGUUUUUUUUUGUUUGUUUUGGUUUUUGUACAAAUUUUUUGAUUAUUUUAUUGUUAUUAUCGCUAGGAAAAGGAACCAAAAAAAACCCAUAAAGCUGUAAUUUUUUUGAGUCUGCUUUGGUUUUUGGGGUGUGGGUAUUGAAGAUUUAUCAUUGAAACCUUGUUUUCUCAAAGCAACUUUUUAAUUUUAUUAAUUUUAUUAAUUUGUUGGGUUAAUGAUAUAGAAUUUGGAGGUGCAAAAAAGGCACCAGAAGUAAAAGAGGUUUUUUGUUUGUUUGUUUUUUUGUUUUUUUAAAUUUUCUGGGUGUCGGUUUUUCUGUGGAUUUGGUUGUUUCUGAAAUUGAAAUUGAAUGCUUUUGUUUGAGGCAAAAAAUUAAAGCAGGAAGAGAUGGAAACACUUGUGGCCUAAGCUAAAUGAGUUGGGGCUGUUUCUUUGUUUCUUGGGUUUUCGGUUUAGUCGAGAAAAACAAAAACAGAAACAGCCUGUUGUUAUGAUUAAGGGUGAUAUUGAAGAAUCAACGAUUUUGGUGUUCUGGGUAUUGUCUAUUUUGCUCUCUUUGGUUCUUGGGAUGAGGAAUGAUGGUCAGAAACAACAGCAGGGUGGUGUGCCUAGGCCCGGCCGGCCUAGUGGCUUUCUUCCCAGCUCCUUUCGUGCCAUAUCUAGCUACCUGAGGAUCGUUUCAUCCGGGGCAUCCACUGUGGCGCGGUCAGCGGCAUCGGUGGCUUCUUCAAUUGUGGAUAGGGAUGAUGAUAUCAACCAUGAUCAGGUGAAUUGGGCUGGAUUUGACAAGUUAGAGGGUGAGGGAGGUGCCAUUCGGCAAGUUCUCCUGCUGGGCUACCGGUCUGGUUUCCAGGUGUGGGAUGUUGAGGAUGCAAAUAAUGUCCGUGACCUAGUUUCCAGACAUGAUGGUCCUGUUUCAUUCAUGCAAAUGCUACCAAAGCCAAUAGCAUCAAAGAGAUUGCAAGACAAGUUUGCAGACAGCCGCCCACUGCUAGUAGUUUGUGCUGAUGGGUCCCAUUCUGUAGGUAGUAACAUUCAGAACGGGUUAGCCACUCCUUGCAAUGGGAGCAUCCCAAACUACAAUGAUUCAGUGAAUGGAAGUAUUUUGCCUACUGCUGUUCAGUUUUAUUCCUUGAGAUCUCAAUCUUAUGUUCAUGUCCUAAAGUUUAGAUCAGUUGUUUAUUCUGUAAGGUGCAGUUCCCGAGUUGUUGCUAUUUCUCAAGCAGCUCAGAUACACUGCUUUGAUGCCACAACCUUAGAGAGGGAAUACACAAUUCUUACAAACCCUAUAGUUAUGGGGCCUCCUGGUGCUGGAGGCAUAGGGUAUGGACCUCUUGCGGUGGGUCCCCGAUGGCUUGCUUAUAGUGGAAGUCCAGUUGUAGUCUCAAACUCGGGGCGUGUCAGUCCACAACACCUAAUGCCUUCUGCAGGCUUUCCUGGUUUUCCUUCAAAUGGGAGCCUGGUGGCUCACUAUGCUAAAGAAUCAAGCAAGCAGCUUGCUGCUGGGAUUGUAACCCUGGGAGACAUGGGCUAUAAGAAGAUCUCCAGAUACUGCUCUGAGCUUCUACCUGAGAGUAAUACUUCUGUGCAAUCGGGGAGUCCUGGCUGGAAAGGCAAUGGAACUGUUAAUGGCCAUUUAACAGAUGCAGAAAACAUUGGAAUGGUCAUUGUCAGAGAUAUUGUAAGCAAAGUUGUUAUUGCCCAGUUCAGGGCACACAAGAGUCCUAUUUCAGCAUUAUGCUUUGACCCUAGUGGCACCCUUUUAGUUACCGCUUCGGUCCAGGGCCACAACAUAAAUGUUUUCAAAAUAAUUCCUGGACAGCCAGUAAACUCCUCUGCAUCUGAUGCUGGUGCAUCUUAUGUACAUCUUUACAGACUACAACGUGGUUUUACAAAUGCAGUCAUACAGGAUAUUAGCUUCAGUGAUGACAGCAACUGGAUUAUGAUUAGCUCAUCAAGGGGGACAAACCACUUGUUUGCUAUUAAUCCUCUUGGAGGAUCAGUAAACUUCCAGUCGGCUGAUGCUAGUUUUACCCUAAAAAAUAGCAGUUUGGGUGUUAUGACUAAGCCAGCAGUUCGAUGGCCACCUAGUCAACAGAGCCUUUGUGCAGCCGGUCCUCCAGUUACACUUUCGGUUGUUAGCAGAAUAAGGAAUGGAACUAAUGGAUGGAAAGGCACUGUAAGUGGUGCUGCAGCAGCUGCAACAGGAAGGAUGAGCUCUCUUUCUGGGGCUAUUGCUUCAUCUUUCCACAAUUGCAGAAGCAAUGCUUUAUUUGUGGAUUGCAGCUCUUCGAAGGCAAAGUACCACCUUUUGGUUUUUUCUCCUUCUGGUUGUAUGGUACAAUAUGCAUUGCGAACAUCAACUUGUCUAGACCCAACACCUGUUGUGUCUGGAUUAAGCACUGGUCAUGAGUCAGCACCAGAAUGUGAUGCAAGAUUGGUUGUUGAGGCUAUCCAGAAGUGGAAUAUAUGUCAGAAACAAAACCGAAGAGAGAGAGAAGAUAAUAUUGAUAUAUAUGGUGAGAAUGGGAAUUCAGACAGCAAUAAAAUAUAUCCUGAAGGAUUGAAGAAAGGAAAUAGCAUCUAUCCUGAAGCUGGGGGUGUAUUCAUGAAAGCAAAAAUCAGUCCUGAGGAGAAACAUCAUUUCUAUAUAUCAGAAGCUGAACUGCAGAUGCAUCAGCCUCGGAUCCCGUUGUGGGCAAAACAUGAGAUAUACUUUCAAUCAAUGUUGGUGGAAGGCACCGAAAUGAAUGAAGAAAAUGCUUCCAGGGGAGAAAUUGAAAUUGAAAGGAUCCCAACUCGCAUGAUUGAAGCAAGGUCAAAAGACUUGGUUCCAGUUUUUGACUAUCUUCAAACCCCCAAAAUCCAACAAACAAGGUUCACUAGGAACCCUGUUUUAGAUUGCAAUACCAAUGGGCGACUUCAGCAUCAGAGGUCUGGGGUGUCUGAAAACGACAGGCUUUCAUGCAGGGGCAGCUCUGGCUCGCUUGACUCUAUGACUGACAGUGCGGCUGCAGUGGCAGAAUUUCACAAUGCCAGUGAAGAAACUGAAUGUAAUGGUCCUCGGAUGCCAGUAGGAACCAAGGGCUUUGUAAAUAAUAGUGACAACCCAAAAAUGAAGACUCGGCUUGAGACUGUAAAUAAUAGAGAGAGCUUAAGAAUGGAGGCUCAACUCAAGUUUGUAAAUAGUAACAAAGAAGGCCUGAAAAUGGAGAAUCAUUUUGAAGAUGAAGGUGGUGAGUUUGAUUAAAGGUGUGCAGAUAUUCUUUCUUCUCCAGUGGGGGUUUAUUAACAGUGUUAAUAUGAUGGGUGGAAAUUUAGAGAAUAGUGUGAUGCGGAAUUGUGGAUACUAUGUUGUUGUGAUCUCAUCUACUCAACUUUGUAAAUAACGGCCGGUAUAUUUUCUCAAUAAUCAAAUGUAAUAUGUACAUAAUAGCAUCAUGUAAUAACACUCUUUGUCACUGUUUCUUUAUUCUAUUAAUUUAAUUUUAUUGUGCUACCACU